CAAAACUCCACCCUGUAUGGCUUUAAAAUUACUCUUCCGAAAACAUAAUUGCUAUACCUGAAACAUAUAUGUGAAAAUGUUUAAAUAAACAUUUUAUUAUAAUCGUUAAGUUUCAUGGAUAUGAUCAACAACUUAAGCAGUCAUGCGAAGGCCAAAACUAAAACGUAUAUUUGCGGGCGGACUUUUGUUUGGAAGCUUGAUGCUGGUAUAUACCUCCAUUACAAACACAUUACCAGAGGACAACGAGGUAACAGCGGGUAUCAAGGGGUUCGAAAAGGAAAGUGCGAAAGGCAAUAUAAAAACAAAAAGUGUUGAAAAUUCAAAUAAAAGUUUUCUUCCCGGUUCAUAUCGUGUUUGGGGAUUUUCUAACGACAUUUUCUUACUAUCUGUCGUUGUUGGAAAUUCUUCCUCUGGUCACGUCUGGGACCAUAUUACUAUCCAGGGAUGGGAACAUUUAAAAUACGAGAAAACCUCAAUCAUAUGUUGUGUACUGUAUAAAAGUGGGAGCAUACAAUCAGUGAACACGACCUCAAAGCUCCGAUGGACGCUUGAUAAAAACACUAAGAUGGUAGCCAAACAGUAUGUGUGUCCGAAUAAUGUUGAUGGACUUAAAGACCCUCCAAAGGCCGUUACUAUUUCUGGCGGGACAAAGCCGGCGUGUCACCGAAGACAUAACUGGUAUCUGCGACCACAUUAUGCACAAGCUCACAAAAAAGAAAUAGCUGUUUGUACUAAGGUAGUCUCCCGUAAUACGUUAGCAGACGACAUUUUGGCUUGGUUCGAAGUACAUCGCCGCUUGGGUGUAAAAAAAGUUCUUGUUUAUACAUAUGACAUCGACCCAAGCGUUGGCAAAAUCUUACAGCACUACAAAUCUGUAGGAAUGGCUGAAUUGAUUUCCUUCAGACUUCCACAAAAAGACCAAGGAGAGCAGCUUGUCGAGAUAGGACCUAAAGAUAUACAAGCAUGGAACAUAGAACAGACCUUGAUGAACGAUUGUUUCGUGCGUUCAAAUGGGUAUAAGCACGUAGUGGUGCUAGAUGUUGACGAAUAUCUUAUACCUAUCAAAGCUAAAACUUGGCCAGAAUUGUUUGACAAGCUAUGGAAGAAGAGUCCAAAUGCAGCCGGUUUUUCGUUUAAAGUAAACAUACAUGUAACAUCAGGGGCGGUGACGAACACAAUCUCCAAGUUUACCGCCGGGAAAUACACAAACCGAACGGGUGCACUGGCGGAAAGGAUGAAACAUGUUAUUCGUCCGGAUAGACUGCCUGCCGGCGGAUUGUCUACAAAUUCGUUUACGUCGGGAAAGGGUUACAGAGGAUUUUGGGUUUCGGAGGCGGACGCCACAGUACACCAUUUCCGGUCUUGUAAAACAUCAAACGACUGGGAUAAGGAUAUCGACAAAACCUGUCAGAACCCGGGACGAUUCCGAGAUAUGUCUGUCGCGAAUAUAUUUGCGCCACUAGAAAAUGGCGUCAUGAAACUGAAAGCUUCAAUAUUGAACAACGGGCACCACUAGAACGCAUCAUGAAGUUGAAGGCUUCAAUACAGUGAGGACAAAAAAGCGCCACAAGAACACAGUAUCAUGAAAAUUGAAUGAAGCGACUAGACCAUGGUUUCAUAAAGCUUUAGGCUUCAGUUUUAAAUUGAGGGCACAAGUUCGACAUCAUGAAACUGAAUGCUUCAAUAUUGAACAAAGGUCACCACUAAAAAUUUUAAAUAGAGGGCGCCAUUACAACGUUGUGUAAUAAAACUGUAGGCUUAAGUAUUAAAUAGAGGGUGCCGAAGGAACAUGGCAUCAUAUAAUGAAAGGCUUUAAUUAUAUUGAACAGAGGGUACCAAAAGAAGGUAGAACCGUAACGCUGGAGGCUUCAAUAUUGAGAUGAGGACGGCACCUUGGCAUCAUAGAAUUUAAGCUUCUAUAUCAAACAGAGGUUGCCACUAGAAUUAAACAUAGCAUCAUAAACUGAAGGCUUUAAUAGUGAAUACAGGUCGCUUCUUAAAUGUAGCAUCAUUAUACAGAUGCUUCAAUAUUAAACAGAGGCUGCCACCAGAAUGUAGCAUCAUUAAACUGAAGGCUUCAAUAUCAAACGUAAGUCGCCACCAGAAUGUAGCAUCAUUAACCUGAAGCCUUCAGUAUCAAACAAAAGUCUCAACCAGAAUGUAGCAUCAAUAACCCGAAGCCUUCAAUAUCAAACAAGUCGCCGCUAGAAUGUAGCAUCAUUAAACUGAAAGGCUUUAAAAUUAACAGAAGUCGCCGCCAGAAUGUAGCAUAAUUAAAACGAGGGCUUUAGUAUUUAACAGAGGUCGCAAUUAGAAUGUAGCUUCAUUAAACUGAAGGCUUGAGUAUAAAACACAGAUGGAUUAUUACAUCAUUAAACUGAAGGCUUGAAUGUUAUACUCAGAUCGCAGCUAGAAUGUAGCAUCGUUAAACUGAAGGCUUGAAUAUUAUACUCAGAUCGCUGCUAGAAUGUAGCAUAGUUAAACUGAAGGCUUGAAUAUUAUACUCAGAUCGCAGCUAUAAGGGAGCAUCGUUAAACUGAAGGCUUGAAUAUAAUACUCAGAUCGCUGCUAGAAUGUAGCAUCGUUAUAAUGAAGGCUUGAAUAUUAUACUCAGAUCGCUGCUAGAAUGUAGCAUCGUUAAAAUGAAAGCUUGAAUAUUAUACUCAGAUCGCAGCUAUAAUGUAGCAUCGUUAAAAUGACUGCUUGAAUACUAUACACAGAUCACAGCUAGAAUGUAGCAUUGUUAAACUGAAGGCUUGAAUAUAAUACUCAGAUCGCUGCUAGAAUGUAGAAUCGUUAUAAUGAAGGCUUGAAUAUUAUACUCAGAUCGCAGCUAGAAUGUAGCAUUGUUAAACUGAAGGCUUGAACAUAAUACUCAGAUCGCUGCUAGAAUGUAGCAUCGUUAAACUGAAGGCUUGAAUAUAAUACUCAGAUCGCUGCUAGAAUGUAGCAUCGUUAAAAUGAAGGCUUGAAUAUUAUACUCAGAUCGCAGCUAUAAUGCAGCAUCGUUAAAGUGACUGCUUGAAUAUUAUACACAGAUCACAGCUAGAAUGUAGCAUUGUUAAACUGAAGGCUUGAAUAUUAUACAGAUCGCAGCUAGAAUGUAGAAUUGUUAAACUGAGGGCUUGGAUAUAAAACACAGAUCGCUGCUGGAAUUAAACUGAAGGCGUCAAUAUUAAAUAGAGGAGACACUCCUGUAGCAAUAUUGAACUCAGUGUGUCAUUAGAAUAUAAAAUCAUAUACUUUGAGGCUAGUCAUGACCAUAAAUUCUUGCAUAAAACUGCUGUUUGGUGUUUUAACAGGAGAGGAAACGUGGGUUAACAGAGAGAUAUCUUGCGCUCACACCUUUUAAACUAUGUGCGUUCCGUGCCAAGCGUAAACGUAUUACGGUCACAUAACGGAUAAAUCAAAAAGAAAUGACACCAAAGUGAAAAAGCAAUGCUGACGUUUCUGUUCGUUUCAUGGAUAUUUAGUGAGGUUGAUGGACAAUAUCUUAAAUUAACACCAUUAUACCACAUAACUGGAAGUUAGCAUUUGUCUGUAACUAAAAUGCUUUUGGCCGCCAUGCACGUAUGAAAUAGGAAAUCAUGUGGGUUUUGAAAUUUAUAAUUAAUGCAUAAUUAUGUGCAAAACAAAGGCUGCAAGUAAUGUGUUCUCAUUUUGGAGUUAAUUUACUAAAAAAAACACCCCAACAUUUGGAUAUUUGUUACGACCUACCCAGAACAGGUCGCAAUUACGUUUUAGGAGAGAUACUAGUACAUCUGUUGCGCCACAGAAAAGCUGUUUUCUUUUUCAUUUCCAUGAUGGUAAUUGUACAUGAUUUGCAUGUAAAAAUGAGAAAUACAAGUAUAUAGUUACAAAUAUUAGGCCAAGACAAAGUGUUUAAUGCCUAAACAUUUUAUUGUAUGAAUUUUGUAUAAUGCACAAUAUUUGA